UAUUUUCGAACCAGAAUUAUCCCAGCCAAAUAAGAGUACUGGAUUAUCUCGGAAGAAAGCCAAACCCAACCCAAGCAACUCACGAGAAGAGAGGAUGGCAAUGGCUCCCCUGCCCGUGCGCGGUUGUCCCCCUUCUUCCUCCGGUACCACGCCCCCUCUGCUCCCCUCCUCCCCAUCCAUCUCCGCCUUCCUCGCGUCCCACCCGGCCCUCACACUCCUCCACACGCAAUGCGCCACCAUGGCCCGCCUCCGCCAGCUCCACGGCGCGCUCGUCAAGUCCGGCCUCGCCAAAGACCCCAUCGCCGCCAGCCGCGUCGUCGCCUUCUUAGCCGGCAAAGGCCGCGACGUCGCCUACGCCGCGCGCCUCGUCAGGCACCACCCGAGGCCCAACGCCUUCAUGUGGAACACCGCCAUACGGGCGCUGUCCGACGGGCCCGGCCCGGACGCGGCCGUGGCGCUCUUCCUCGACAUGCUCCGGUCGCCCACGCCGCCCGAGCGGCGCACGUUCCCGUCUCUGUUCGCGUCGUAUGCGCGCCUCGGCGUCCGCGCGGACGACGACGGCGCCGGCGCGGCGCUCCACGGCAUGGUGCUAAAGCUCGGCCUGGCCGGGGACGCGUACGUGCGCAACUCCAUGAUCGCCAUGUACGCGUCCUGGGGCCGCGCGGACGAGGCGCUGCUGCUCUACGGGCAGUGCGGCCAGGCGUUCGACGUCGUGGCGUGCAACAGCGCGAUAGUGGCGCUCACGAGGGCCGGGCGCGUCGACGAGGCGCGAGAGGUGUUCGACGCCAUGCCGGCCCGGACCGUCGCGACGUGGAGCGCCAUGGUCAGCGCCUACUCCCGCGCCGCGAGGUGCCAGGAUGCUGUGGAGCUCUUCUCUGCGAUGCAGGCCAGCGGCGUGGAGCCGAACGCCAACGUGCUCGUCAGCGUCCUCGGCUGCUGCGCCGCCCUCGGCGCGCUGGAGCAGGGCGCCUGGGUGCACGCCUACAUCGACAAGCACGGCGUGGCCAUGAACGCGCUCGUGGUCACCGCACUUGUGGACAUGUACUGCAAGUGUGGCUCCAUACACAAGGCUCGCCACGUGUUCGACGCCUCCAGAUCACAGGGUUUGGCCAAGCUGUCUUCUUGGAACGCCAUGAUGCUUGGACUGGCAGUACACGGCCAAUGCCAAGAAGCGCUCGCCUUGUUCUCCGAGCUGGAAACUUACGGUCUAAGCCCCGACAACGUCACCUUCAUCACGAUCUUGAUGGCUUAUGGCCACUCUGGCAUGGCCGAUGAGGCGAAGGCUCUGUUCUCGGCAAUGGAGAGGGAAUAUGCUGUUACGCCGGGGAUCGAGCACUAUGGUUGCCUCGUUGACGCGCUGGCCCGGGCCGGAAGGUUGGGAGAGGCCGAGGACGUCAUCCGGACAAUGCCAAUGAGACCAGACACGGCCAUUUGGGGCGCGCUGCUGUCCGGAUGCCGCUUGCACGGCGAUGCCGAAGCAGGGGCGCGCGCGGCAAGUGGAGCUAUGGAAUGCGACCCUCAGGACAGCGGUGCAUACGUCCUCGCGGCGAGCGUGCUGGCACGAGACGGCGAGGUCGGCGCGGGCGUGAGUGUGAGGGAGAGAAUGAGGGUGGAAGGCGUGGCCAAAGUGCCCGGGUGUAGCAUGAUCGAGGUCAAUGGUGUUGUACACGAGUUUGUCAGCUAGUAUCGCCAUGCUAAAAUGUACUCCCUCCGAUACUAAAUUGUUGUCGAAAUAUUACAUAUAUCUAGACGCUUUUUAAAAAUAGAUACAUCCAUAUUUAGACAAAUUUGAGUCAAGAAUUUAGGAUCAGAGGGAGUACAUAUUUGUUAUUUCGAGAUUCAGUUCAAUGAUCAUUGGUUCCUUUCAA